GAACUGAAAGCGAAGGCGGCGCCGGGCGGCCGCGCUCCGGCCCAGGGCUGCGGGGUCUGCGGAGGUCGCGGGGCCGCUCCCCGCCGGCGGAGCGGCGCGUCCCGCCAGGUCCAGGGACCUAAGUUUUGCGCAGAAGGCCAUAAGGGAACCCGGGGCGAGGAAGAGAAAUCACUGGCAAUGACAAGCUGUGGGAAGAGGGAGUGAGCUGGGGGGGUGAUCCUGCACCCCAUGGUUGGGACAUCUCCCCGUGGCAGCAUGGCCAGGAUGAGGCCGACGCCCACCCCACACCGCCACAUGUCCCCGGGAUCUCUCCCGCCCCGCGGCCCCUCUGCCGUGCCGGAGGCUGCGGCCGAGCCCCCGCGGCGCUGCGGGACCCCCCGGCGCUGAGCCCCCGCCGCGCCGGCAUGGCCUCGCUCAUCGUGGUGACUGAGUACGACGCCACGGCGAGCACGAGCGAGGAGGAGAUGGACGUGCCCGGCAGCGAGGGCUUCGGGGACGGCCGGAAGCUGCACCUCUCCGGCCGAAAGCUGUCCCUGCAGGAGCGGCCGCAGCCGGCGCGCUCGCCCGGCAACGGCGCCAACGAACGCUUCAUCUACCCAUCCCUGCCCUAUUCCCCGGUGACGUCCCCACACUCCUCCCCGCGGCUGCCACGGCGGCCCACGGUGGAGUCCAACCGCGUGUCCAUCACAGGACUGCAGGACUGUGUGCAGCUCAACCAGUACAAGCUGAAGGAUGAGAUUGGGAAGGGCUCCUAUGGGGUGGUGAAGCUGGCCUACAAUGAGGAUGAUAACACCUACUAUGCAAUGAAGGUUCUCUCCAAAAAGAAGCUGAUGAGGCAGGCAGGCUUCCCCCGCCGCCCACCGCCCCGCGGGGCCAAAGCUGCCUCCGAGGGCUGCCUGCAGCCCAGAGGGCCCAUCGAGCAGGUCUACCAGGAGAUUGCCAUCCUCAAGAAGCUGGACCACCCCAACGUGGUGAAGCUGGUGGAGGUCCUGGAUGACCCCAGUGAGGACCACCUGUACAUGGUGUUUGAACUGGUGAAGCAGGGCCCCGUGAUGGAAAUCCCAACCCUGAAACCUCUCAGCGAGGACCAGGCUCGGUUCUACUUCCAGGAUCUGAUCAAGGGCAUUGAAUACUUGCACUAUCAGAAGAUAAUCCAUCGGGAUAUUAAACCUUCCAACCUCCUCGUGGGGGAAGAUGGGCACAUCAAGAUUGCUGACUUUGGAGUGAGCAAUGAGUUCAAGGGAGCCGACGCCCUCUUAACCAACACAGUGGGCACCCCUGCCUUCAUGGCCCCAGAGACGCUCUCAGAAACCAGGAAAAUUUUCUCUGGAAAGGCCUUGGAUGUCUGGGCCAUGGGGAUCACGCUGUACUGCUUCGUGUUUGGGCAGUGCCCUUUUAUGGAUGAAAGGAUCCUGAGUUUACACAAUAAAAUCAAGACCCAAACGUUGGAGUUCCCAGACCAGCCAGAAGUUACGGACUUCCUGAAGGAUUUGAUUACACGGAUGUUGGAUAAAAAUCCUGAAUCUCGGAUUUCGGUCCCAGAAAUCAAGGAAAGUACUGUGCAACAGCCUUUCGCAGGAGAUUUCUGGUCCUUCGCCCCUGCGGGAGCCCGGAAGGGGCGAGAAGCUGAGAGGAUGGAGGAGACUCAGUUGCACCCUUGGGUCACCAAGAACGGAGCGGAGCUGCUGCCCACGGAGGAUGAGAACUGCACCCUCGUCGAGGUGACGGAAGAGGAGGUGGAGAAUUCAGUCAAGCACAUCCCCAGCCUGGCCACCGUGAUCUUGGUUAAGACGAUGAUCCGGAAGCGAUCCUUUGGGAACCCAUUUGAAGGGAGCAAGAGGGAGGAGCGGUCAUUGUCUUCCCCUGGGAACCUGCUGCCGAAACAAGGCAGUGAAGAUAAUCUGAAAUGCAACGACUUGCCCAACGUGGGAGAGGAGGAACUUCUUUCAUGAACAUCGACUUUAUGGUUCUGUUGAGCAACUCAAUCCAGGGCACGUCACAAAGUGUGCAGCUGGGGCUGAGCAAGGUUGACAGAGCCCACGCCAAACACAGCAUGACACGGCGCUAUCUCAGUAUAAUGCUGGAUGUAGAGCUCACAUAGCAGCAUGUUAUCAGACAUCCGACUGUUUGCCAUAAACAUGGAGCAUCUCUGACCACUUGGACCGCUGACUUCUUGUGGGAGAGGCGCUGGCUGGUGCCACAGAGGUGAGCUGGUCGUGCUGAGCAGCGACAGAGCUUUGCGCAAAAAAAAUGAACAACCCAAAGCAGUCCAACAAAAAUGCAUGUUUGGAACUGCUUUUAGCUGGUUUUAAUGCCAAGUAAUUUCCAGGGACUAAGGCCAGCGUCCCAGAGGUCUGUGUGCCCAUCGUGGGCACACUCAGAAGGGUGAAGCUUUUGCCAAGUGGAUCCACAGCAGUAAAACCACACGUGUGCACUUUUGAGAGUUCACGACCUACCGGGAAUGUUGUUGCAUCUAUUCCUUGUCCUUCUGGUUUGUUUUUAAUUGACACCUUUUUAACUGCAUGGGAACAAAGCAAAAACCCACCCUUUCAGCUUUUUAAAGAAUGCCUACCUUUGUGAGCCAAGUUGUAUUAAGCAGCAUCUUCAGGACGUUCAGAAAGUGAGGUUAAUUACCUCCACAGGUAAUUAACACCUUUCCAAAGGCCUUGGUGUGACCAGGACUUGGUAAGUUAGGUAUUCAGUGUAUGAAAGGAAAAGGUAUUUAAGGGCUUAAGUUCAGUUUGAACUAUUUUUGCUGCAGAAAUAUGAGUGAAAGGUGGUGUUUAGCUGAAUGUUUUGAACAAUAGAGGAAGCACUAACAGUUUGUUUCUAAAUAUUUUACUUGAUCUAGGUAGAUAUAUUAUUAAAUAUAAAAUUCAGGGUAAAAUCCUUCACUUCCAUGUACAUUACAUGGUUUACUACAACUAAAAAUAAUACAACUUAUGCUGUUUUUUAAGUAUAGACUUAGGGCUUGCUUAGAAUCUUAACAAAAUAUUCAGAUUAGCUAGUAAUUUUCAAAGAAACUUUUGUUUUCCCAACUCUUAAUCUGGAUUCUGGGGCCAAUGCUAUGUAUUUUUGCCAGUUUGUUACCAGUAAUUUGUGAAUGCCUGUGGAUCAGAGGCUUGUUAGUAAAUUAAGUAUAUACCUAAUUCAUAGAUUGUUUCUUAUGAAGAGCUCUUUCACCUUCAGUCAGAUUACUCUGAUUAUUUGUGGUGCUUGUAAAAAAAUAAUAACCUAUCAUGUGGUGGGAGAGACUCUGGUGUCCAGACACACUUCCCCAAGUUCUCUGUGCUUGGACAAAGCUGGAGAACAGCAGACUCCUCCCGGAGAGGAGUCAGGGUUUGCCUGAGGAAAGGGGUCACGGUAAGUACAGUUGUUUAGUGGAUGGAGUGAGGGACUGGGAAGGGGGGAAAAGUCUGAUCUCUUCUCAGUCUGAUGUGGUUGUGUGACCUUGAAUGAGGCAUUUAAAGUGAUGGUGUGCCUGACAGAGGGGGAGGAUUCGAGUCUCCCAAGCUUGUAAGGGACUGCUAAGGCUUAGUUCUUUGCCCUCAGGAAGAAGGCACUAGGAGACACCCAAGUAUUGUGAUUAAUGGCCUGCUAACCCUGGCCAUGGAUGCCCUGCCUUUAGGAAGUGACUGUCCCCUUGUCUUCCUUGAUCCUGGGCAGCACAAGCAGCAGUGCUCUGAGGUCCUUGGCCCCACUGCAGUCAGACCUGGCCUGGUAAUUCCUGGUUAGGACGGGUGUUUGUUAAAGCCAGGACAGAGUUAACAAGGGUGCAGGUGCUUACACAAGCUGUCCCUUACACCUUUUGAUCACUUGAAGUGAUGUUCCCCCUAAAUUGCAAUUUAUUAUGGAAACAUUGUGCUGCUGGCCUGUCUCCAGAGCCAGUGAAGACAGUUUGUGGUUUAGGAGCAAUACUAUGGAGUUUGGAGCCAUAAGACACGCACUGUUUUCCUCCCGUUUUAAUCCAAGGCUAUGCCAAAGCCCUGCAGCUUCAGCUAUGGGAAAACCAAACAGGUAACCUGGGGGCCAGCCCUGCUCCAGCUGCCUGCUCCCCCUUUCCUAAACAGGACUUUUCAUUGUGGAAAUGCGUGUGAGUGGGCAGCCUGGUUCUCUAACCCUGCAAAUGGACUUGAUCUGCCAAAAAAAAAAAAUAAUUUUAAAAAACUAGGGGAUUUGUAGUUAGUGCAUAGCAAUGUGUGGUGUGUUUGCUAGAGGUGUGUUGUAGAGAUCUCUGUGCUGCCCAUCUCUGGUUGUGAUCUGCUGGGUGCCUCCUGAGACAGUUUACAUUGACCACACAGGUUUGCCUGGUGCAACCACAGCUUCUCAACAGACUGAGCUGUACCAGCUCCUCAAUGCCCCCCCACACACAGGGGCCUCAGAUAUUCCCACAGAUCAGUGUCUUAGGGCCAGCAUGGGCUCGGUUCUGAAGGAUGUAAAGCUCAGCACUUCCCCAAACCGAGUGUCCCUCAGUGCCAGCUCCCCUGGGGCUGCAGCCAAAGGCACAUUUCUGAAGGAAAUGCAAUGUAGAUUUUUCUUGUUGGUCAGCUCUGUUGAAAGCACAAAGCCUUGGCCGUGUGAGAAAGAUCCCUCUAAAUGCAUGACCUGUAGAGAAGCUGUCCUGUGUAUAUAAACCUGCUCAGUUCCCCAGCUGCUGUUCCUUAGUAGUAAUGCUGGCUUUCUUCUUAUAGUGAACAUUUUGCUUGUGCCUUGGAACUGGGCUGUAGCUUGAUUUCCCCAACUCCCUUCCUUUCAAGCAAGCCCAGUGCUGACUGGGAGCUUAUUGCUGGGUACUAAGCCUUUUUGGCUCUGAAAGCACACAGGAAAGUGCUAAGGGGAAACCAGGCCUCUUGUCUGGGUAGUUUUUCAUGGUGGUCCCCUCUUACCUAUCAGGCAAUUGAUCUGUUUCUUUUCUAAGGUCCUGAAAUAUUGCUGAUUUUUAUACUGUUUGUUUAAUGACCAAGGCUUGUGUUUCAUUCCUACCCCUUUAUUAUGCAUUUAACUUUAUCAGGUGUAUCAAGUUUAAAUACUGUGUAUUUACCACUUUUAAAUUAUAUUACGUAAGAAGAAAGAAAAAACAAACCAACAACUAAGUGUUUUUCCACACAGCUGUUCAAGCUUCACUGUACAAUAUUGAAAUAAAUGACAUGCAAUCAAACCCAGA